AUGGGUCGAACAAAAUCUUUACCGCAUCUGCUCGACCUCUUGCAUCCCCGGACGGAUCAUCUUGUUCCUCGAGACUAUGUGUCCACCCGUUCCGAGGCGUUACGCUUCCGCACGCGUGUAGAUCAUUUCAAUGUGCAAAAUAGGGCCACCUUCGAGUUCAAUUACCUAUCGAACGAUGAGUUCUACCGACCGGGAGGACCUAUCUUUAUCUUCGUCGGUGCAAACACACCUCUUAACGGAUACUUCAUUGAAAAUGGGUUGUUUCACGAUAUUGCCCGGAGGGAGGAUGCUUGGCUGUUCAGCAACGAGCAUCGGUACUACGGACAUAGUGCCCCGGUUGAAAAUUAUUCCACUCCAAACAUGCGCUUCCUGACCGUCGAGCAGGCUCUAAUUGAUUUGAUCGAAUGGAUCUACCAUCUGCGCAACGAGGUGGUAGGUGAUCCGAACGCCAAGGUUAUUUUGCAUGGGCUCGACUACGGAGGAGCCCUCGCGAUCUGGGCGCGCCAACGCUUCCCGAACCUUAUUGAUGGUGCCUAUGGAUCGGCCGCAUCCGUAAUCGCCAAGGUAAACUUCUUCGAGUAUGGUGAGGAUAUGGGAAACACCAUUCGGACGUUCGGUCACGACGACUGCUUCGGUGUUAUCUGGCGCGGGUUCCGUACGGCCGAGAACCUGGUGGACGCUGGGCUGUAUGAUCGUAUUUCCGAGAUGUUCCGAUCGUGUGAGCCACUGCAAGGGUCUGAUCCACUCUCGGUGGAGACGUUCUUCUUCUCACUUAAGAAUUCUUUUGAAGCGGAAAUAUUUGGUCAGGCGACCUAUGAUGCAGUUGCACAAAUGUGCGCUGAGCUAGAGGCUGACCCGGCUGAAACGGCUCUAGAAGUGCUGGCGAACUUCUUUGGGCGAAGGUAUGCUGCUUUGGAUUGCGUUCCGUAUGAUUUCGAGAGUCUGGUUCAGGGUGGUCUCAACGAGGAAGUGGACUUUCCCACAAACUCCGAUUUUGGAAUUCGCCAAAGGCUGUACCAAUUGUGCACCGAAUUCGGUUGGUUCCUGACGUCGUCAACUGGUGAUAGUCCAUUCGGAACGCGCAUCACGUAUCGAUAUUUUAUUGACACUUGUCGGGCGGUAUUCGGUGACUGGAUGACCCAGGAUAUUGUCUACGAAGGUGUCCGCUUGACCAACCUACACUUUGGAGCGGAUGAUCCCCGUGUAACAAAUGUUGUGUUCGUAAAUGCAGAGUUUGACCCAACUAGGCUGCUUUCGAUCACCAACUACACGAACAUUUUUGCGAACGCAUUCGUCAUCGACCGGGCAGUCGUCGCUCUGGACUGGAUGACUCCAAACGAGAAUGAUCCGGAGGCAAUACAGCGUAUUCAGCGAGAAAUUGAAUACUACAUAAACCUGUGGGUCACGGAUGGAUUUGGUCCUCGAUCGGGAUAG